AUGGUCAGCUUUAAUAGGAAACUAAAAGCUACCCGUGACAAGCUUAAGUCAUGGAAUAAACUCCAAUUCAAGGAAGUUAAGAAACAAGUCCAAGCUGCAAAUGAUUUUCUGCAAAAGAUUGAACUGGAAGAUCCGAUUAAUGGAACUGCGAUAGAACAAGCAAAAAUGCAGCUUAACAAAGCCCUUCUUAGGGAAGAAAUACAUUGGAAACAAAAGUCAAGGGUGAAAUGGCUACAAGAGGGGGACAUGUGCUCUAAAUUCUUUAUGUCCUCAACCAUAGUUCGUCGUCGGAGGAACUAUGUUCAAUGCAUCAAAGACUCCCCAGACGGGGAUUGGAUUAGAGACCAGCAGCAAAUAGCCAAUUGCUUCCUCGAGGAGUUCAGAGAAGGCUUUAGGAACCCAAGAAAUGGACCUGCCUCAAUUCCUACGGACCUAUUCCAAAGAGUAAUCACUAUGGAGGAGGGGAAUAUGCUAUGCUCUAUUCCUUCCGUAACUGAGAUGGAAGAGGCAUUCUCAGAAAUGGGGAAAGAUAAAGCCCCGGGUUCAGACGGAUUCCCACCGAGCUUCUACAAUCACCAUUGGACCACGGUCCAAUCUGAUCUUUUCCAAGUGAUCUCCCAUUUUUUCAACCAUAAGGAAUUGCCGAGCUACAUCAAUGAUACUUCCAUUCCCCCUCUCUUGUCACGGAUUAUCGGCCAAUUGCUUUGUGCAACACAACUUACAAGGAUUAUCUCACCCAAUCAAGCGGCCUUUGUUAAAGGGCGACACAUUGCUGAGAACACUAUGAUUGCUCGGGAAAUUGUUCACUCUAUGAAGAAGAGGAAAGGAAAAGGGGGAUACAUGCUCAUCAAAAUCGACUUGGAGAAGGUCUGUGAUAGAAUGGGCUGGGAGUUUGUCAUCAAAGUUCUCGGUCUGUUGGGCUUCCCAAACACGUUCAUGGAGUGGAUUAAGACCUGCAAUUCGGUAUCAAAAAUUAAAGUUCUGCUCAAUGGGUCCAUCGUGGGAAAAUUUUCACCUGAACAAGGUUUGAGACAAGGAGACCCGCUCUCCCCUUCCCUCUUCAUACUUGCAGCUGAAACUUUAUCAAGAUUGCUGUUCUCUAAAGAAAAGGUUGGUCUCCUGAAAGGGUUUAAACUAUCGAGAAGAGGUUCGGCCAUUACUCAUCUCAUGUUCGUGGAUGACAUUAUUCUAUUCGGGCAAGUUACCAUCAAAGAAGCAAGAUCAUUCCUUGAUUGCCUAAACAUGUAUUGCAAUUGGUCAGGCCAGGCAGUCAAUGGGCUUAAGUCUUCAAUUUUUUUUUCAAAGGGUGUCACCCCAAGAAAAGCUCAAGCUAUCUCUCAACUGUUGGGAAUGAAAAGAAUGAACAACAAAGCAAUGUAUCUCGGUCUGCCCCUAUUUCGAUCGAUUAAAAGAACUGAGGAUACGAAUCACUUAGUGGAGAGAGUACUCAAGCGUGUUCAAGGCUGGAAGGCUAGGCUCCUUUCUAGCGCCGGCAAGACAUGCUUAAUCAAAUCAGUGGGAUCAACGCUAUCAAAUUAUGUGACUUCCUCAGAUGUUAUCCCGGUGUCAACGGCAAACAAAAUUGAUAGAAUCGUUAGGGACUUCUGGUGGGGAGAUACGGAUGAUAAGCGAACACUUCACACUGUGUCUUGGGCGAAACUGUGCACACCCAAGGUGGCUGGGGGUCUUGGAUUUCGAUCAACUCUCGCUACUAAUAAGGCGUUUCUUCUAAAAUGGGCUUGGAAAAUUCUGAUGGAUGGGAGAAGCCUGUGGGGGCAACUAAUGAAGGACAAAUACAUCCAAAACCAAAGCUUUUUGGACUUGGAAAUCAAAAGCACGGAUUCAGUGAUGUGGAAGGCCAUUCUCAGGGAGCGCUCUCUACUCAUGGAAGGCCUCUGUAGGAGGAUUGGAGAUGGUAGAAGCACAUCCAUUUGGUUCGAUCCUUGGGUGCCCGGGGGGCGCCUCCAACCAAUACUCCGGCUUGAUGCCACAGGCAGAAUCAGAAUGUCAGCCUACAAACUGUCCUUGAAUAUUGAUAUAAAUAGGCCUGAAUAUGCUAAAUGGAGAACUAUUUGGGGUGCGAGGAUUCACAACCGCCUUAAGAUGAUAUGGUGGAAAAUACUGUCUAACAGUCUUCUCACCAGAGCUAGACUUGGUAUGGUAUUCGACAUGGACAAUGUUCUCUGUCCUCUCUGGAACAUGGAUGAAGAAAAUUCACUCCACUUGCUCUGGAGCUAUGAAUUUGCGAGAGCUUUAUGGUUUGGCUGUUUGUGGCAAGUGCGUACUAAUAUUCUCACGGCUACAAGCUGGGAAGUUUGGUUGAUGUGGUUCUCAGAUGAAGACAAACGUCCUAAUCGAAUGCACUUACACCUUUUCUUGGGAGGGGCCGCUGCCGUGUUUGAAGAAAUAUGGAGAGUUAGAAACAAGUUAACUCAUGAUCAUACGCAAGACCCGUUGCCAGUCUCGAUUAACCGUAUCAAUCGUCGACUACUGGAACUUGCUGCAGUGCAAGAUGACUUCUACAAUGUUAAAGGAGCCGAAUUGGCGAGUACAUUGGGAUACAACAAUGUCAUAUUCCAAAGCGACUCCUUUAACGCAAUCACUGCGAUUCAGAGUAACCACCUCUCCAUAAGAAUCAAUCAUCACAAUAUCCAAAGCCUCCUAGACAGAUUCAAUUGUGCAGUGCUUCUUUCAACCUGUGGGAGUCUCAUUGGAUUCAAAGAAAUUUUAAUGGUGUGGCCUAUGAUGCGGCUCGCUGGGCAAAUCGUCACAGACUGUUUGGGUGCUUCGAUUUGGCCAAUUUUGGCGGUUCCCUGUAUCCAUGGGAUGCGGAUGGCUGCUCUUUAA